AGAAUGAUAUACAGUAUGAGAAGCUCAGUCAGAGUAACACAAAGAACUUCCCGAAUGAUUAUUCAGUGUGAUGAUGUUUUAUGUAAUAGCUGUCGAGGACCCAAUAGCUGGGCUUUCUGUAGGAGAACUGAUCGAAAGAGCAAACACUAACCUCCGUCGUGGUGCUGAUGAACCCACGCUGGUUGAAGGAGACAUCGCUGUGUCUGAGGACAAUGAGAGAAACGCUGAUCCCUGCACAUCUAGGGGCUGCAUGUGGCCAAAGUCUACAGAUGGAAAAGUCUACGUGCCCUAUGUCAUCGCCAACCAUUACUCCAGUAGUGAGCGUCAGGUUAUCGAGACUGGUCUGAACUCCUUUGCCUCUUUCUCCUGCAUUCGCUUCACACCACGUUCUAGCCAGAGGGACUACAUCAGCAUUGAGUCACUCAAUGGAUGCUACUCCUAUAUUGGGCGCCUUGGUAACGGACAGACGGUGUCACUGGCUCGCAGUGGUUGUGUUUACCACAAAACCGUCCAGCAUGAACUUCUUCAUGCCCUGGGCUUCAAACAUGAACAAAGCCGCAGUGACCGUGACAACCACAUUCAAGUCGCCUGGGAGAACGUUCAGAGUGGCAUGGAGCACAACUUCAACAAGUUUGACACCCUGAACCAGGGAACUCCCUACGAUUACAACUCUGUCAUGCAGUACCACAGAACUGCUUUCUCUAAGAAUGGCCAGCCCACAAUGAUCCCCAUACCGAACCCCAAUGUGUCCUUGGGCCAGGCCACUCAGAUGAGCCAAAAUGACAUCACCAGGCUCAACAGACUUUACAACUGCUAGACCGGGGAGCACUGCAGUCGACUAUUUCCUCAUGGUUCCUCUUAAAGGAAAUAAAAGCUGUAUGUAAUUAAUUAGUUAUAAUAAAAUCAAUGAAAUUAAAUUCCAA